GACUACGCCCAUGAUCACUAGCGAUUUAAAAAUGUUGUUUUCUACCGGCAGAUAUUUUCUGGCGCGGAUUUCCUUGGAUUUAUCCAAAAAUGUUAAGCCAUGUGGACUCAUAGCCAACUACUGCCAGGUGGCCACUGCCCUGCGUCCAAAGAAGGCGAAAUCUACCCGAAAGGAGGCGCAGUACUUCUCCGAUGCCAAGAGAAUCCGUGCUAUCGGCGGGAAAGGCGGCGAUGGUUGCGUGUCCUUCCUGCAGCUAUGGUGCAAUGAGCGAGCCGGUCCAGAUGGCGGAGACGGUGGCCACGGCGGCCAUGUGGUCUUCCAGGCAUCCAAUGAUGUACGCAACUUCAACCACGUGGGGAGUGUCCUGAAGGCGGAGGAAGGAGAAAGGGGGAGCUCCAAGGACUGCCAUGGCAAGAACGCCAAGCACUCGGUGAUCAAGGUGCCCAUCGGCACCGUCAUCAGGAAUGCCCAGGGUCUCAUUGUCGGUGAUCUGGGGCAAGCGGACCUCAUGUUUGUGGCCGCUCGAGGCGGAGCCGGCGGUAAGGGCAACCGCUUCUUCACCACGGACAAGGAGACAAGCCCCAAAGUGUGCGAGUACGGUCCCAGUGGCGAGGAUCUUUCGUACACCCUGGAACUGCGCAGCAUGGCGGAUGUGGGCCUGAUUGGCUAUCCCAAUGCGGGCAAAAGCACCUUGCUGAAUGCCCUGACUCGGGCCAAGCCGAAAGUAGCUCCAUAUGCCUUCACCACGCUGCGUCCUCACUUGGGCACCGUGCAGUACGAUGACCACGUCCAGCUCACCAUUGCCGACCUGCCUGGACUCGUGCCCGAUGCCCAUCUCAACAAGGGCUUGGGCAUACAGUUCCUGAAGCACGCCGAACGCUGCACGCUACUGCUGUUUGUUCUGGACGCCAGUGCGCCGGAGCCUUGGACACACUACGAGCAGCUCAUGCACGAGCUGCGCCAGUUUGGAGGACGCCUGGCGAGUCGCCCGCAAUUGGUGGUGGCCAACAAACUGGACGUGGAGGAGGGCCAAGGAAACUUUGAGGAGCUGCAGCGAAGACUGCAGAAUCCCGUGCUUGGCAUCAGUGCCAAGAUGGGUCACAAUCUGGGACAACUACUGAACAGCAUACGCAAGGGAUACGACCGCCACAAAGACCUGGCCAAGGACUCCAGUUAAAGGCUACUGUUUAAGUUGUUUUCGGAUUGUUAUUUAUAAAUUAAACUUUAACCUUAUGAGCUAA